AUGUCUGCCGCCGUCGUCGACCACGCCAAGACGCGCCGAACUCCGUUCUUCUGGUGCCAACUGUUGACUGCCUCGGCUGUGGUCGCGGGGGCAACGGCCGUGUGCUUGACGGCCAUCCAGAUCCUGAUGGAACGAAGCGCCGGGCCCUGCACCACGGACGCGUGCCGUAGUGACCAGCGCCGACUGGCCGCCAUCGUGGAUCCCCACAAGGCGCCUUGCGACGACUUCUACGGCUUCGUCUGCAGCGGCGCUACCUGGAACCACGGCGGCGUGCUCAGAGAAGUGGAGCAUGCAAACCUCAUGAGGCUGAACGCCUCGCUCCUCGGGUACGCCGCCAGCAAAACCGCGCACGCAUUUGUUAAGCUUGUCACAUUCUACGCGUCGUGCCACAGCGCAUUCACAGGACAACACGACCUCCGUGCAACAAUAAGCAGCUUCCUUCGGAACCUCGGCGUAUCCCCGAGAGUAUGGCUUCGGGCCAAGGCUCUCGAGGACCUCCUGGAUCAAGUUGUGUAUUUAUCCUUGCACCGAAGUAUACCGAGUUUUCUCUGGAUUCGGACUGAACCGUCGGGCUUAGUCUUCAUACAGCCAGCCCUUCCUCUGUCAAAAAGGCUCAGGGCCCCCGUCUACAACGACAUUCAGAGGCUGCUGCAGAGCUUUGUCAGUGCCUUCGAGGAAAUCAAAAAACAGGAAGAGCGGAUUUUCGACCUCCACGUAAUAAACGUUCGCCUAGAGGCGGUUCAAGUUACAGAAGAAUGUCUUGUAGUACGUGUCAGACAAGCAUUUAGCUUUCUUACGCCCCAAAACAUGACACUGUGGUUAUCUAAGAUCAACAAGUACCUUCCGAAUAAAUCACGACUGGCACCAGAUUCGCUGAUCGUGGUCAGGAACGCGGAUCUUUUGGGCAACCUGUCGCGCUCUUUGCAAGCCUCUCACCGAGAAGUCAGAAAUCUCUACAUCCUUAUGACACUGCUCGAUGCUGUCCUAGAGUGGGAAUACGUACGCUUAAAGCUUGCCGGCUCUGAGAACGUCGCCUUCGAGACGGUAAACUACUGCGCUGCUAUGAGCCAGUCGCUGAUGACAAAACUCUGGACAGCGUUCGUCGCCCGCACGCUCGUCAGCCGUGAAACAGACGCUCGAGCCAUCCGAGACGUCGUCAGCGCCGUGACGGAGAGGUUUAAAGACGAUUUUAUUGCCGUCACUUGGCAGAGUGAGGUGGCCAAAGUGAGAACACUUCAAUGGAUGAGCGCUAUGCGCUGGCGUCUCCCCGACGAGAGAGACUUCGACGUGGACGCCGCCCUGGCGUCUGUCGCUCACGUGCCGGAAAUGUGCGGAUCGCACUUUCUGAAUGUGGGCUAUCUGAGGCUACUAACCAGCACGGGCGCCGUGGGUGUUGGCGAGCAACAUGCCGCGGAGAAGCCUAUUGUCGCGUACGACUACGACGGGAACACGCUCACAGUCACCGUUGGUGCGCUGGUGAAGCCUCUCUACUACAGCGAUGGUGAGCUCCACUUGAACAUGGCGUCGUUGGGCUUUAUCUUGGCUUACCAACUCUGGAAUGCAGUCGCCAGGCAUGCGACGUGGGGGCAGCAGCCGCCUUCUCCCACCCUGUGGGUCUUGGAUGAGGAGGCGGCCUGUUACAUCAAAGGAUAUGGCAACCCGUCGGAGGAAUCCGUUUUACAAAAUGCAUUUCUCAAGCUGGAACUGCUCAGCAGAGUGAAGGCGCUGAGGACGAUAACUCACACGACAGCCGAUGACAGCGAGGACCCUCGCAUGGGCAACGCCGAUUGA